AUGAUCGGGCUGACUAUCAACUUCAUCUCUGCCCAAUUUCUGGAACACCCAGUCCGUUCGAUCAUCGUUCUACUACUCGUACUGCCGAUAUCGUACAUUCUUACCAACGAAUACGCACGCUAUGCACGCCGCAUCAAAGGCUUCUCUGGACCCACAAACUGGCCAAUCGUUGGCAACAUCCCAGACAUCAAGUACAAUGCUGCCGAGAAGUAUCGAGAAUGGAGCAAAACCUAUGGUGCCGUCUACCAAAUCCAGCUCGGCAAUGAGCCUGUUAUAGUGGUAAACAGCGCUGCAGCAGCGAAGCAGAUUUUCGGUGCGAACAGCCAGGCCCUCAGCUCCCGCCCCGUCUUCUGGACCUUCCACAAAGUCCUUUCCAACACAGCUGGCACAACAAUCGGCACAAGUCCCUUCAACGACUCGCUCAAACGUCGCCGCAAAGGUGCUGCCAGUGCGCUCAACAAACCCUCCAUCGCCACAUACAUCUCCCACCUGGACCUGGAGACCAAAGAUUUCAUCCAAGACGCGUUCGACUCCGGAGCCGCAGGUACUCAAGGUGUAGACCCCAUGCCCAUGAUCGAGCGCCUCUCCCUAUCCCUCGCCCUCACGCUGAACUGGGGCACACGCAUGGGAAGCCGACACGACCCCAUGUUCCACGAAAUCUGUGAAGUCGAAGCGAUGAUAAGUAAAUUCCGUAGCACGACAGGGAAUCUACAAGACUAUAUCCCAAUCCUGCGCUUGAAUCCGUUUAGUAAGGGAACGGCGGCUGCGAGAGAUAUGCGGCGGCGACGCGACGUCUAUCUAACCAAGCUGAACAAGGACCUCGACGAUAGAAUGGAAAAGGGCAUACACAAACCCUGUAUCCAAGCAAACAUCAUCCAAGACAAAGAAGCCGCUCUAAGCAAGGAGGAACUAACAUCCAUAAGCCUGACCAUGCUAUCCGGCGGCCUCGACACAAUCACCACCCUAGUCCAAUGGUCCAUCGCCCUCCUAGCCCAACGCCCCGACAUCCAAGACGAAGCCAUCAAGGCUAUCCGCGAGCACUACCCCGCCUUGCAGCCCCUGGCAGAUGCCUACGACGACCAGAAAUGCGCGUACAUCGUCGCGCUGGUGCGCGAGUGUUUGCGCUACUUCACCGUCUUGAGACUGAAUCUGCCGCGCGCGAGCGUAAAAGAUGUGACGUACGAGGGCAAGGUUAUUCCAGCGGGGAGUACCAUCUACCUCAACGCAUGGGCGUGUAAUAUGGAUCCCGAAAUAUGGUCUGAUCCACUAACCUUCCGCCCCGCACGCUGGCUCUCGCACUCCGACGCGCCCUUGUUCACCUACGGCCUUGGCUACCGCAUGUGCGCAGGUUCAUUGCUCGCGAACCGCGAAUUGUACCUUGUUUUCCUGCGUAUGCUGGGGAGCUUUGAGAUUAUCAAGGAUUCGGAGGUCGAUGUGCACCCGGUUAGAGGCAGCGCGGAUCCCACGAGUCUGGUCACGAUGUGUAGGGAUUAUCGGGUUGUGUUUAAGCCGAGGGAUGAGGGGGUUUUGAGGGGGGCGUUGGAGGCGUGGGGGAGGGAGUGA